GGCAGGUCCAGCGCACCCCGGCCCUUUGUCUGUCGGGGGGGACUCUGCGCGACCCAGAUGUGCGGGCAGCUGAGGCCGAUGCCAGUGGCGCCGGGGGACGGGAGGAGAGCCCAAGGGAAUGACCCUGAGGAGGAGCCCAAAGGAUGCAGCCGGCUGCAAAAAUGAACCAUCUGGGGAGGAAGAGGAGGCGAAGCUCUGAGUGAAGGCUCCAGCCCUGGUUGUGAUGUGCUCCGGGGGGGCAGGACCAGGCUGGGCAGGCGGCAGCAGAGGCUGAUCCUGCCAGGGGCUCGCAUGGAGCAUCCCCUCCCGCAGAUGCUGUUCCCCCCCUGCUGUGGUCCCAUGCCCUGCUCCGGCGCUGCCCUGUGAGCGCUCCUGCUCCCUCCAGCCAAACAUGAGACGCUUCCCAAGCAGCUCGCUCCUGCUCUGCAUGGUGGCUGCCGCCGCCGCCAUCCCCAUCGUGCCCUGGAAGGUGAAAUGCCCCCCGCAGUGCGUGUGCCAGAUCCGGCCCUGGUACACCCCACGCUCCGUGUACCGCGAGGCUGCCACUGUGGACUGCAAUGACCUCUUCAUCCCUGCCGUGCCCCAGGACCUGCCCGAGGGCACCCAGACCCUGCUCCUGCAGAGCAACAACAUCGCCAGGCUGGAGCAGAGCGAGCUGGGCUACCUCCGGAACCUGUCGGAGCUGGACCUGUCGCAGAACAGCUUCUCUGACGUGCGGGACUUCAGCCUCCGGAGCAUGCCCCAGCUGCUCAGCCUGCACCUGGAGGAGAACCGGCUCUCCCAGCUGCCCGACAGCAGCUUCCCAGGGCUGGGGAACCUGCAGGAGCUUUACCUGAACCACAACCAGCUCCGCAGCAUCGCGCCCCGCGCCUUCGCCGGGCUCGGCAGCCUCCUGCGCCUCCACCUCAACUCCAACCUGCUGCGAGCCGUCGACAGCCGCUGGUUCCAGACGCUGCCCAGCCUGGAGAUCCUCAUGAUUGGGGGGAACAAGGUGGAUGUGAUCCUGGACAUGAACUUCAGGCCCUUGGCCAACCUGCGCAGCCUGGUUUUGGCCGGGAUGAACCUGAGGGAGAUCUCGGACUAUGCUCUGGAGGGGCUGAGGAGCCUCGAGAGCCUCUCCUUCUAUGACAACAAGCUGGUGGAUGUCCCCAAGCGGGCGCUGCAGCAAGUUCCUGGCCUCAAGUUCCUGGAUCUGAACAAAAACCCAUUGCAAAGGGUCAAACAAAGCGACUUCACGAACAUGCUGCACCUCAAGGAGCUGGGGCUCAACAACAUGGAGGAGCUGGUGUCCAUAGACCAGUUUGCCUUGAUCAACCUCCCCGAGCUGACCAAGCUGGAUGUGACCAACAACCCCAAGCUGUCCUUCAUCCACCCCAAUGCGUUCCACCACCUUCCCCAGCUGGAAACCCUCAUGCUCAACAACAAUGCCCUAAGUGCCUUGCAUAAGCAGACGGUGGAGUCCCUGCCCAACCUGCAGGAGAUCAGCAUCCACAGCAACCCCAUCCGCUGCGACUGCGUCAUCCGCUGGGUCAACAGCACAGAAAACCACAUCCGCUUCAUCGAGCCCCAGUCCACGCUGUGCGCAGAGCCCCUGGAGCUCCAGAGGAGGCACAUCCGGGAUGUGCCCUUCCGGGAGAUGACGGAUCAGUGCCUGCCGCUCAUCUCCACCAAGAGCUUCCCCUCCCGCCUGGAGGCGGCCGAUGGUGACAACAUCUCCUUGCAUUGCCGAGCUCUGGCAGAGCCGGACCCAGAGAUCUACUGGGUCACCCCUUUGGGGGUGAAGCUGCUCCCCUACACGGAGGAGGGGCGGUACCGGGUGCACCCUGAAGGGACGCUGGAGAUCCGCGGGCUCUCGGCUCGCGAGGCCGGGCUCUACACGUGCGUGGCUCACAACCUUGUCGGGGCAGACAUCAAGAGCAUCAGCAUCGUGGUCAACCACUCCUUCCCCCUCAGCGAGGACAGCCUGGAGCUGGUGGUGGUGGACGUCCAGGCCUACCACGUCCUGCUUGCCUGGAAGCCACAUCUCAACACCAUCUCCUCCAACCUCACCUGGUCCAGCUUCUUGCUUAGCUCCAACCUGGACAUGACCAACGUGGCGCGGAUCCCCAUGGGCACCCACACGUACAACAUCACCCGGCUCCACCAGGACACCGAGUACUGGGCUUGCCUCCACGUGGCCUUUGUAGACUUGCAGACCAAGGUGGCUUGUGUGAGCACCAGGACUAAGGAGGCUGCCCCGCGCUACCUGCUCCUGGAGGGCAGGCGGAGCAUCCUGAUGGUGCUGGUGCUCUGCCUCCUGCUCCUCGCCGCCGGCCUCGUGGCUCGCUAUGGCACCGGGGCAGCACCGCGGGGGGGCAUGGCCAUGCGUGUGAUCUACCCCCCCUUUAGCCAGCCCUGGGCUCGGGGGCAGUGUGGGGGGCAGCUCCUGGCUGUGGAGGUGCAGGCAGCCCCCCCAGACUGCUGA